AUGUCCUCCUCUUUGCAAUAUCAUGUUUCAGAUGUCUCCAAGCUUCUGAGUCUCUUUCCACUGGCUGUUGGUGGACUGAUACUCUACACGGUUAUCAAGUAUACCCUGGAGAGCCAACGCCCAAGCAAGUUCCCUCCCGGACCACGAGCUCUUCCCAUCAUAGGAAACCUGCAUCUCCUCUCUCAAACCAAAGCCUUUGUCCAGUUUAGUGACUGGGGACGUAAAUAUGGUACCAUUAUCGGUCUCAAGCUAGGUCCCCAAAAUGUUGUCAUCCUAAAUGAUUACAAACAUGUGCAAGAACUUUUUGACAAGAGGGGAUCAAUUUACUCUGAUCGUCCACCAAGUCACAUCGCAAAUGAUAUUAUGUUCACUAACAACACGCACAUCUUGUUUGUCGCUUAUGGAGACAGUUGGAGGAAGUUGAGGAAAACGCUUCAGGGACUCCUAAACAUCAAAGCAGUCGAUCGCCUGCUUCCCAUUCAAAACGCCGAGGCCACGCAGAUGAUGCAUCAGCUUCUCCACUCCCCAGAUGCUUGGUAUGAUCACGUCCGGAGAUACUCAACUUCCGUUAUUCUCGCGUCUGUAUACGGCCUCAGAGGGCCAACCUUUGAACAUUCCCGCGUCAAGUCGCUUUACCAUGUCCAAGACCAACUAACCCGGAUAGCUGAACUUGGUGCCACACCCCCAGUUGACGUAUUUCCAGUCCUUCAGUACUUGCCUGACUUCUUGUCACCUUGGCGAACAUGGGCUCGAAAUAUCAGAAAAGAGCAUCGAGCUCUCUACUUCAACUUGCUGCGCGAGACGCAAGAGUUGGUUGCUGAGAAGAAAGCACCGGAAGAUUCAUUCAUGGUACGCUUGUUGAGAGAACAAGAUACGAACGGCCUUGACGACGAACACCUGGCCUAUAUUGGAGGUACCCUCAUGGAAGCUGGCUCAGAUACAACAGCUUCUACAUUACUGUCUUUCAUUCUUGCCAUGGCGCUUUUCCCUGAGUCUCUCGCAAAAUGUCAAGCAGAAGUGGACUCUAUCUGUGGCGCCGGGAGAUCACCAACUUUCAAUGACUUCGAGUCACUCACAUAUCUCAAGGCUGCAAUGAACGAGACUCUUCGCUGGAGGCCCGUGGCCGCCGGAGGAAUCCCGCAUGCACUGACCCAAGAUGACUACUACGACGGCUAUUACCUACCAAAAGGGACCAUUCUGUUUGCAAACACCUGGGCGAUACACCGUACGUCCGACUACGAUGCUCCAGAUCAGUUCUAUCCCGACCGGUUCCUGAAAAACAAGUUCGGGACUGUCAAUGAUGCUCGCCCUUCUGACGACAAGAGAAGACCAAUUUGGGGAUUUGGUGCUGGGCGACGCGUGUGCCCUGGUCAGAGGCUGGCGGAAAAUUCAUUGGUACCUAUCACCCCAGAAGGACAAGAAAGAGACUAUCGAAUAUGCUAA